AUGUAUAAAAUAAAUAAUCUGACCAAUUAUUAUCUGUUUCAGCGACACGUGACGGGGAAAUCUCUAGAUAAAUACAUCAUAGACGGGGCGCCCAGAGCGGAAAUGUUUGACUUUAUUCACGUGAUGCCCGAGGGCGAGGUCAUGGUCAUGACCGAGUUUGACCUGCUUCUCUCGCUCAAUCAGUACAAACGUCUGCACACAAGAACGAACCGCACCAAGAGAAAAGCGCGCCGUGAUUUAACGACUCGUUGGACCAACUGCGUCGUUCAUUAUGAGAUAACGAAAACCAUCAACUCGUCGUCCGAUGUCAGGGUCAUUGAAGACGCCAUAGAGGAAUGGGAGACUUACACUCGUCUGACUUUCAAAGAGAGCAACACGUCGCCCCAACGCAUACAGUUCACGGAUGGCGGUGGCUGCUAUUCCAUGCUUGGGAUGCAAGACAAACCCCAGCCGGUCGUCCUGGCCCCCGGAUGUCGUACGAAAGGCGUUGUGGUCCACGAGAUUGGCCACGCGGUCGGCUGGAUCCACGAGCACAUGCGCCCAGACCGGGACGACUUUAUCUUUGUUAAUCUCAGCCUGAUCCCGAGUUCCCAGUGGCAAAACUACAGGAAGUACGACACGGGUGAGAUCGAUCCUUACGGCGUGCGGUACGAUUACCUCAGCAUCAUGCACUACGGUUCCACGCUACCGGGCUACAUCACGACCUUAGAUCGGGAGUAUCAGGAUCGGAUUGGUCAGCGCCACGGACUCACGUUUAAAGACAUCAAACUGGCCAACGUGAUGUACGACUGCCCUGACGUCAAAGGAUGUCCUAGAAAAAGUUGUCCCCAUAACGGGUUUGUUUUUCAUGAGCCUUUCAAAGGUGAGCCGAGAUGUCAGUGCUGGUGCGACUCCGGUGACGUAGAGGAUCCUCUUGUCCUGUGUUCUCUUAUCGACCGAGAACCGCCGGGACCGAAUCCCGUAUCACGUGGUAUUACCGCGUUACAGGACACGCCCUGCCAAGAUGUUCGAGACGAUUGUCAGGAGAUGAAGGCGGACGGGAACUGCAUGGCCCGCUUGGAGCUGAUGAUGAACUGGUGCUCUAAGACCUGCGGGUUUUGCGGGAAAGGAGAAGAACUGUGCAUGGACCACGAGAUGAGUUGUCACCUCCUGGCGGCGGCCGGCCAGUGCAUGGACGAAGGCUUGCGGUCCACGAUGAUAAGUUUGUGUCCGGCCUCGUGUGGGCUUUGCGGGGCUGUCACUGAUCCUUGCGCCAUUCAAAAUGAGCUCCUGGGGUCA